AUGGCGUUAGCUAGAACGAGUGAGGGAAAGUCUAUAAAAGACGGUGCCUUCCAGAGAAUUCAACAUCGGCAUCAGAGCUUCAGAGUCAAUUCGAACGUUCGCAAGCAGUUAAAACGUCGCGCUUUGCGAUUGAGAAACACCAAAAAUUUCCGGAGCUUCUUCAAGCUUGAUAUCAUACCACUACCGCGAAUUGAUACCACUCCGGAUACCCCCAAAACACAAUCAAUUCGUUCCCGAACCCUCCUGUAUCCUCUUCCGUCUCCAAAAUUCUUUCCCUGAACCAUUUUGUUCUCCUUCUCCUCAAUACAUUCAUUUACCAUGUCCGGCUGCGCACACGCUACCUUUAGGAAGGCCCAGGGGGGUGCCAUUCUCUGCGAUGUCUGCAAAAAAGUCGAAGAUUUGUAUGUUUGGAAGUGUACUACCUGUGCGCUUUGCGUAUGCGAGCAGUGCAAGACAUUGGGGGGUUUCUGAUGCGGCCUCGCUUAAACUAUUUCUGGAGUAGCGGGGAGGGGGGGGGGGAGAUCUGAUGGGGGUGGAUAGAGGAAGGAUAAAGAGAUUUGGGGUGUUUGGAGUGGAAACAUGUAUUCGGGAACUAUGGGAAUGGGCAAGCUGGAACCCGCUUCUUUCUCGACUUGGAUUGGGAUUGAUCUGGGGUUUGGGACGGAAUUGAAAAGAAAAUUCGUCGGGAUUGUUGUCAAGUGGGGAGUGGGAAUGGGAAACAUGCUACCGGUAGUUUUGUAACAUUUUCUGUGAUGUUUG